AAAACCCUAAAAUCCAUCUCUCUCUCUUCGAAACCCUAAAUUUUUUAUUUUUCAGGAAAAAAGAAAAGCUUCGAAUCUCUGCUCCAAUGGCUUCCAACCCUAAGGUCUUCUUCGACAUGACCAUCGGCGGCCAACCUGCCGGCCGUAUCAUCAUGGAGCUCUAUGCUGAUGUGGUUCCCCGCACGGCCGAGAACUUCCGGGCUCUCUGCACCGGCGAGAAGGGCGCUGGCCGCUCCGGCAAGCCGCUCCACUACAAGGGAUCGUCGUUCCACCGCGUGAUCCCUGGGUUCAUGUGCCAGGGAGGCGACUUCACCGCCGGAAACGGCACCGGAGGCGAGUCGAUCUACGGCGCCAAGUUCGCCGACGAGAACUUCACUAAGAAGCACACCGGCCCCGGAAUCCUCUCCAUGGCCAAUGCCGGACCCGGAACCAACGGAUCUCAGUUCUUCAUCUGCACCGCCAAGACCGAGUGGCUCGACGGAAAGCACGUCGUGUUCGGCCAGAUCAUCGAGGGCAUGGACGUCGUGAAGGCCGUGGAGAAGGUCGGAUCGAGCUCCGGAAGGACCUCGAAGCCUGUGGUCGUUGCCGACUGUGGUCAACUCUCUUAGAUCUGAAAAAGUCAACAAAAAAAUCUGAUUUUAACCAUCUUUAAUAAAGUUAUCUCUAUCUCUGUCGUUUUUCAUCUAUUGGGGUGUCGUUUAUUACUGGCCUCUUUAGUUUUUAUCUCUCAGUGUCAGUGUCGUUUUAGGGGUUGUGCUUAUGGUUUUUCUCUUUUUUUGGGUGUCUAUGAGAAUGGGUUUUUAUAAUCCUAUCCUUUGAUGAUAUGGUGGUUCUGAGACCCUUUUUAUAUUAUAUGAUAAAUGAUGAGCUGCCUUUAAAUAA